AGCAACGCGGAAGAGCCGUAGUUCGCUGUGGAUGUGAUCAGAUCUCUCUAAAAUCAACGAUUUAUGUGAUAUUCUGUCUUUAAUUAUGUACUGGGCACGGAUAGAAUAAAAGUGUGAGCAAUGGCAUGUUGCAGGAGGCUAUGCUCUCGCUCCUCAGUCUACACUUUGGCUCUGGGGCUUUGCUUUGUGACUUUGGGGACCAGUCGCAUCCUGCUGCUCAAGUUCUCUGCCAAUGCUGAUAACAAGUAUGACUUCCACCCUGCCUCCGUUAAUCUCCUCGCUGAAGCACUCAAGCUGAUCUUCUGUCUAGUCAUGUCUGUACGGGUCAUAGUCCGAGAGGGACGGUCAUGCAGUGAACUGGGAUUUUCUUCAACUACCUCGCUCCUUCUUUCAUUUAAAUGGGCCAUUCCUGCCUUUCUAUAUUUUCUUGACAACAUUAUCAUUUUUUAUGUGAUGACAUAUCUGCAGCCUGCUAUGGCAGUUUUGUUCUCCAACUUUGUAAUCCUGACGACAGCUGUACUAUUUAGAAUUGUUUUGAAGAGACGAUUGUCCUGGGUCCAGUGGGCAUCUCUCGUUAUUUUGUUUCUUGCCAUUGUUUCCUUGACAACAGGUUCUGGGGGUAACCAGCAUCCCAUCUCUGUUCCUGGUACGAUUCACGCAAACCCCCUCUCCUCUCCCUCCAACUCCUGUCUCCUCUACACUCAGCUCUUGGAGCAAAUGAGGAACAGCAGUGCCAGUGAGUCGUGGGCGUCAGUGCUGCCUGCUCAGGAGUGGAGGAACAAAAUGGUAGAGAAGCUGCGGACUUUUGGAGUGGGUCAUAUCUUGCUCAUUCUUCAGUGCUUCAUCUCUGCUAUGGCCAACAUCUACAACGAAAAGAUCCUGAAGGAAGGGGACCAGCUCACAGAGAGCAUCUUUAUUCAAAACAGUAAACUUUAUAUUUUUGGGCUUAUUUUCAAUGGUUUAACACUUGGACUUGGGAGUGAGGCACGAGGGAUAACUAUUCACUGUGGCCUCCUUCAUGGACACAACAUUUUCUCCUUGGGCCUGGUGCUGGUCACUGCUGCCCUUGGUUUAUCUGUGGCCUUUAUUCUGAAAUUUCGGGACAACAUGUUCCAUGUGCUGACAGGCCAGAUCACCACUGUCCUGGUCACAGCCCUCUCCCUGUUUCUCUUUGAUUUCCGACCUUCAUUGGACUUCUUCCUUCAGGCUCCCAUGGUCCUUCUAGCUAUAUUUAUCUACAAUGCCAGUCGGCCCAAAGACCUCGAAUACACUCUUCAAAAGGAAAGGCUCCGAGUCAUUAAUGGAGAGGUGUUUGAGAGGUCUAGAGGGGAUGGAGAGGAGUUGGAGCUGUUAACCAAACCCAACACAGACAGUGAAACAGAAGAUGACUCCUUGUAGCACAAUGUAUUUCUUAAAGCUUUGGAAAGAAGAACUACAGGGAUUAAUUAUACUUAUGGAUUAUGGGUGAAUACCAGUGACUUUUUUUGCACUUUUUGUUUUCUAAGGAUUUUUACAAUUGUGCCUGUCAAGAAAUGCUGUUUUUGCUAUACCACUAAAUAAAGGAAUGUAUAGAGCAGCUUAGCAACCAUUUAAAUUCAAAAGCACAAUGUGAGAAAAGUAUUUAAGUAUUAUUAUAAUAAUGAGUCUCUCAUACUGUUUUGUGCAAUGUAUUAAUUAUGGUAAUGUUACAUAAUAAUAGUUCAUAUUGUGUAUGCAACUAUAAACAAAAUAAAAAUAAACCGCUGCUAGUUUUUUGGAUACCUGUAAA